UGUAGGAUAUAUUAUGUGCAGAUUUCUCAGCUGAAAGUGGGUAUGUAGAACAAACAUCAUGUCUGACGGAUCUUUUCGUGGGAUAUCUCAUUAGCCUGGAUAAGGUAGGAGAACCUUGAAUAGCCACUUCCCAUCAAUAGACUCUCCCCUGCCCAUUGCAGUGCUAAUUCCAGGAUGUUCCCUCUAGAUGGGGUUGCCCGUCACGUGGUCUCUCAUACGUCGUGUCGUCAGAGCGCGGGUUGCCUUGACCGCGUCGGUAACUCCUCAUUCCUCGGGAUGUGUUUUUUGCUCGGUCCCGCAAUUUUUCCUUCAAGGACUAUUUUCGUCUUUCUCAUAUUUCAACUAUUUAGUCAGGAUCUGGCAACCCAUUAAGGCGCAUUGACAGCGAUUUGGAAAAGAAAGCCUGGACUGUCGAAGAAAAAGCUCAAAGGAUAUGUUUUGAGAGUGCAUUUUUAAAAAAAUAUCUAAAUAAAAAUCCUCCAUACUGUUGAUGACAUCGACUAUGAUGGCCUGAUAUUUCCUAACAUUCAUCAUCUAUACGCCUCUGUGAGUAGAAUAAGUAUAGACUCCUCAGGUUCUGCAAGACAUUUCUUAAUCACCAAGAAAAUGGAAGACUCAUUCAAAUGCCAGAUUCGGACUAAUAAUGUCCAGGGACUAUGAAGAGCCUGGCAAUUCAGUAGGGAUGUUGGCGGCAGUGGAACAUGGUCCUGUCCUCUGCAGUGACUCCAACAUCCUCUGCCUCUCAUGGAAAGGAAGAGUUCCCAAAAGUGAGAAGGAAAAGCCGGUGUGCAGGAGACGCUAUUAUGAGGAAGGCUGGCUGGCCACCGGAAAUGCGAGGGGCGUUGUUGGAGUGACUUUCACUUCUAGUCACUGCAGAAGGGACAGGAAUACUCCUCAGAGAAUUAAUUUCAAUUUAAGAGGCCACAACAGUGAGGUUGUCCUUGUCCGCUGGAAUGAGCCGUUUCAAAAGCUUGCUACGUGUGAUAUGGAAGGGGGGAUAUUUGUGUGGAUACAGUAUGAGGGGCGAUGGUCUGUGGAGCUGGUUAAUGAUCGGGGAGCUCAGGUAAGUGAUUUUACCUGGUCUCAUGAUGGGACUCAGGCCCUGAUUGCCUACAGAGAUGGCUUUGUCUUGGUGGGCUCUGUCAGUGGGCAGAGGCACUGGUCAUCUGAGAUCAACCUUGAGAGCCAAAUCACCUGUGGAAUAUGGACCCCUGAUGACCAACAGGUGUUGUUCGGAACAGCAGAUGGGCAGGUAAUUGUAAUGGACUGUCAUGGUCGGAUGCUUGCCCAUGUUCUACUACAUGAGUCAGAUGGCAUUGUGGGCAUGUCCUGGAACUGCCCUGACUUCCUGGUGGAAGACAGUACUGAGAGUGAUACAGAUUCUGAUGACAACGCCCCAAGUCAAGCACGUAAUGUGAAGCCCCUUCUCACAGUAAGCUUCAUAUCUGGAGACAUAAGCUUAAUGAAUAACUAUGAUGACCUUUCCCCCAACAUUAUCCACUCAGGACUAAAAGAUGUGGAGGUACAGUGGUGCUCUCAGGGAGACUUGUUAGCCGUAGCUGGAAUGGAGAGACAUGGGCUGCCUUCUGACUCAGCCUGUUCCUCCAUGAUAAGAAAUGCCCUAGUCAAGUUUUACAAUGUCCAAGGAGAACAUAUAUACACUUUGGAAACACCUGCACAGAGGCCCAUCACCACUAUAUGCUGGGGUCAUAGGGAUUCAAGGUUGUUUCUGGCUUGUGGGCCAGCACUGUACGUUGUACGGGUCGAGCACAGGGUGGCUAGCCUCCAACUGCUGUGUCAGCAGGGCAUUGCCAGUGCCCUAAGAGAGGAGAGAGAUGUGAGCAAACUGAACAUGCCAUCUCUCCUUUGUUCCUAUGUUACCAGUGCAUUUAUACCAACCAUCAAGCCUCCUAUUCCUGAUCCAAACAACAUUCGCGACUUUGUUAGCUACCCUACAGUGGGAAACGAGAGAUUGCAUUGUACAAUGAAGCGUGCCGAAGAGAAUCCAGAGGCAGGAGGCCCAUGCUACACCCUCUAUUUGGAGCACUUGGGAGGUCUGGUGCCUAUCCUUAAAGGCCGUCGUAUCAGCAAACUGCGUCCGGAAUUUAUUAUAAUGGAUCCCAAAAUGGACAGUAAGACAGAUGAGGUGUGCGUGAAUGGUAUGUUAUCCUACAUGACCGACAGCUGCAACUGCUCUGACUCUAGUGACAUUGAAUUGAGUGACGAAUGGGUCGAAAGGAAGUCACCCAAACUUUCUAGGGGAAACAGGUCUCCCAAACUUCCAAGAAUCAAUAUGGAAUCAAGAAAGUCUCCCAAACUUGCCCAAACAUCCCAAGAAUUGUCCAGGUCUCCAAGAUUACCAAAGAAAGCUGCUAUUCGAUCUCCUAGUCUCACUCGCAGGGAGUUUCCUGUAGAUGGAUUAAGUGAGCAUAAUUAUCUGGCUCAAGUCACCUCGAACAUCUGGGGUACAAAGUUCAAGAUUGUGGGACUUGCUUCUUUUUUGCCAGCGAAUUUGGGUGCAGUUAUCUACAAAACCAGUUUGCUGCACUUGCAACCACGUCAGAUGACAAUCUAUCUACCAGAGGUCCGUAAAAUUUCCCUUGACUUCAUGAGUCUACCAGUUUUCAAUCCCAAUGUUUUUAGCGAAGAUGAAGAUGAUUUACCAGUCAUGGGGCCUUCAGGUGUAUCGGGUGAUAAUCCUCCCUGCACAGUUAAUAUUCCCAUUGCUCCUAUACAUAGUCCAGCUCAAGCCAUGUCGCCGACACAGAGCAUAGGACUUGUGCAGUCUCUUUUAGCAAAUCAGAAUAUUCAGCUUGACGUCCUGACCAAUCCCACGGCCACGGCAGCCGCAGCUGCUGCAGCUGCGGCGGCAGCAGCUAAGGCAGCGGUUCCUGAUCAUAGUGCAGACAGUGUGACAGCACAAUACACUGUGCCAGCAAGAUACUCUAGUCCUGGACAAGUUAUCUUUAGUGGCCUUGAAAUGAGUAACCUGGGUUUGAGUGGAACACUCCCACCACCACCACAUCAUUUGCCCCCACAACCUCAUCAGCAGCAACGUCAGCAGCAACAGCAACAAGAUGAUCAUCAUCAAACCAAACAUCAACAACAGACACAAACACAACAGCAGCAUCUGAAGUUACAACAGCACCAGCAAGCACAGCAACAGCACCAACAACCAUUACAGCAUCAUCAACAGCACCAACAACCAUUACAGCAUCAUCAACAGCACCAACAACCAUUACAGCAUCAUCAACAGCACCUGCAGCAUCAACAACAGCUACAAACGCAGCAUCAUCAGCAAAUUCAACAGCACAUACAACAGCAGCACCAACAGCAAAUGCAACAGCAUCAUCAUCAAAUGCAGCAGCAGCAACUACAGCAACAUCAUCAGCAGUUGCAACAGCAGCAGUUGCAACAGCAGCAGUUGCAACAGCAGCAAUUGCAACAGCAGCAGUUGCAACAGCAGCAGUUGCAACAGCAACAGCUGCAACAGCAGCAGUUGCAACAGCAACAACUGCAGCAGCAGCAAUUGCAACAGCAAAUACAUCAACAGCAAGUCCAACAUCACCAUCAGCAAAUACAACAACAGCAGCAUCAGAUGCACCUACAGCAUGAGCAAAUGCAGCAGCAACAGCAGCAAAUUCGUCAACAGAUUCAAGAAAUGAGACAACAGCAGCAACAGCUUCAGCAGCAGCACCAACAAAUUCAGCAGCAACAUCAACAGAUGCAAAGACAGCAUCAACAAAUGCAACAACAACUCAAGAUGCAAAUAACGUUACCACCACCUCCUUCAGGCUAUGCCCCUAUUUCCAUGCAUCAGCUACAAAUGAUGCCUGCAAUUCCUCACCAAGAGCAGCCACCAGAAAGAGCAGAGCAAACGCACACUCUUAAAGUCCCUUCUAGACCACAGUCUUUUAUUGAAAAUGACAACUCUCUUGAAAUUCAGAUGCGUAAAAUGAAUCCUCCACCUCCAUAUCCAGGUACGGUGGUAUCUGCAGCAGUGGCAGGUCCCUCAGUCCAGCCAGGUCUAAUUGGUAACAGUGAGAACAGUAACACACUUCCAUCAGACCCGUGUCUGUCUAAGGAUGAGUUCUCUCUUCACCCAGUGACCAUUCAGUACCCGACACCUCUUGGUUAUGAAAGGAUAACAACUUUUGACAGCAGUGGAAAUGUGGAGGAGGUGUGUCGCCCACGUAGACGUCUUAUACGGAAUCAGAAUGCUUAUGGCUUGCAAGGAAUGGGUAGCUCAGCUACAUUGAAAGUUACCUCUUCUGAAAAUAAGAAGGUCCAGCUUCCUUAUAGCUCAGCAACUCUCAGUCGCCUUUCAGUGCCUCGAUAUUCCAUACCAAGUGGGGAUCCGCCACCAUACCCAGACCCUGCUAAUCAGAUCAAUGUUAAUAGGAGUCCCACACAAAGGAUUGACAGCAGUCUUAUUCAUGCUACUCUGCGACGGGAUCGCAGAGAAAAUUCUCUGAAGGUUCCUCAAUUGGUGGACACAGCAAGGACUCUACCAACCAAAUCUAAAGUUAAUAAUGCCCUUGCACUUUCUUACCAACCUAGGAUUCCCACAGCUUUGUAUACUUGCACUCAGUGCAGCAGUAACAGCAGCAGUACCAGUGUAAGUGUGAGUGGUGGUGGAAGCAACAGCAGCGGUAUUGCAGGGGGAACAGUAGUGCGGCAGGAUUUUCCACCUGGCAAAGGGGCACAACACAGUACCAUAAUUGUCCACUCUAAAAGUGCUUCAACUCUGGCUUCACAGUCCUCUUACAACCUCCUGAGUCCUGUUGACAAUAGUAGAGACAGGACUGUUUAUAUCAACUCUGCCUUUACUGAAGAUGAGACUCUAAACCAACAGUGCCACUUGGAAAAAUCAAUGCGCCAUUUAACUCUUGGAGAUGUCAGUUUAACAGUGAAGCGGCCACCACCUUACCAGUGGGAUUCUCCUGCUUCAGAUCAAAUAUGGAUGGCCCAGGAUCAAAAUAUGCUGACUAACCCACCAGGACCUCACAAACCACCCCAUCUUUUACUUAGCCAAGCACAGCAUUUAGACAUAACUCGAAUACCUUUCGUCCUCUCAGCGAAGCCUCCCACUAGUCCCAGUUCUAUGACCAUGCCAUCAACAUAUCAGCUUUCUCUUUCACCCUUUCCCCCUGGUGUGGGCCAUAGUGGUUCUCAGUUUCAGUCAUUGCAAAGUACUCCACAGCCAUGUGGCCCCAGCGAUAUGGUAACCUCAAUUCCAUUCAACCAACAGGAUCCGUCUCUUGUUUUACCCCCUGGUUAUGCAAAUAAUCUGGCCAGUCUACCAUGUUGCCCAAUCCCACCCAUGUACCCUGGCGCGAGCUCAUGCACCAACCUUCAGCUUCAUCCAAUGGCUUUACAUCCUUGGAGCACUUACGGUGCUUGCCCUCCCAUGCAGGACCACUCAGCAACUUUACCAAGUAAAAUGCACCAGAAUCUGGAGAAGCCCAUUCUCUCACCACCACCACCUCCGCCGCCUCCCCCACCUCCACCACCGCCACCUCCCCCACUCCCGCCUCCUCCUCCUCCAGCUGAACUCAUGGCUCACCAAAGUACUUCAGAGGUUUUAGCUGACUCUGGUGAAAGUUUUCAGGAACAGUCCUCACUUAAUGAGAGUCCAGUGCAACAGGGGUCAGACAGGUUCAGCAAAAAAAGUCGUAAGAGACUUGACAGCAGAGCAGAGGAGGCUGGCAUGUCCACGGUUUCUGAGAGUAAGUCAAAAAAGGAAGGCCGUGCUCUGGCUGACUUCAAUUCUCUCAUUGCUAGCCCAAGGCUUGGUAGCAGAGAGAAAAAGAAACCUAAAGGACAGAAGGAGCAACUAAACAAGGCCAAAAAGCUGAGCAGGACCACUAAUGAGUUCCAGGACAGCUCUGAAAGUGAACCUGAACUUUUCAUAAGUGGUGAUGAACUAAUGAAUCAAAGCCAGAGCAGCAAGAAAGGUUGGAAGAGCAAACGCAGUCUGCGCACAGCAAAUGAACUAGAGGAAAUUAAGUGCCGCAAGGCAAACGAGAGAGAAGAUCGAAGCCUUGGCAGUCAAGGCUUUGUGUAUGUCAUGGCCAACAAACAGCCAUUGUGGAAUGAAGCCACUCAAGUCUACCAGCUUGACUUUGGUGGAAGAGUGACACAGGAAUCAGCCAAAAAUUUUCAGAUUGAGCUGGAUGGACGACAAGUGAUGCAGUUCGGCAGAAUUGAUGGUAACGCGUACAUCCUGGAUUUUCAAUAUCCAUUCUCAGCUGUUCAAGCAUUUGCUGUCGCCUUGGCCAAUGUCACUCAGAGGCUCAAAUAAAGGACAACAUUGGCCAUCUUGUGCAAGGCAACAUGAUUUGCUGAUUAUAUAUUGUGAAUACCAAUGGACAACGCUUUAUGUUGCCAAAUAAAUAUGGUACAGCUUGUGUUGGGCCAGGUUUUAAAGGUAACAGUGAGAGGAAAGUGGUAAGAAACAUAGCAUACUUGAGAGUGAAGAAGGUACAGAAUGGUUGUAAUACUCAUUCUUUUAUUAACUUUAGGGGAAGAAGACAAAAAAGAGGUAGAAAGAACACAGGACCAGUGCUUGGUUAACGCUAGUAAAGAUCAGUUCUUACUUUUGAUUUUUCUUUCAGUGUGCGUGUAUAUGUUUCAUAACAUUAAUAUAUUAAAGGAUAAACAAUGAUUUGCAUGCAAACCUUUGCCAAUUUAGUUACCCUGUGAUGAUGAAAUUCCCGUACUAUGGAUUGUUUUGCUGCAGGUUGUUUUCCCGAGUGUGAGUGGUAAUAUGAAUUUUACAAAUUAAGGGGGAUAAUGCCAUAAGUGAAAAAUAUUUUUGAACUUCUUUUGACUGUUCUAUUUAUCGUACCUCAUUUAUGUGUGGUGUAACAUGAAUCAGGCAUUAUUACUAUUAACUUCAUCGUCUCAUUGCGAGUUAAUUUAUUUGUUGACUUUUUAUUUUAUGAUCACCCUUUGUAAUUGCAGCAUUUUUCUAUCACUAUAAAACACAAAUAGAUGUUGAUCAUGAAUCAGGCUGUGUUAAAUAAUAUUUGAAUCACUGUAGAUUUGUAAAAUAAUUCCACACAUUUUAUUACAUCUCGCUACAUGAGCAACUACUUUUCACUUACAGUAAGGAUUGAUUUCGGACGAUGUGUUCGCAAUUUGGUCUGUUAAUUUUACGCGGAGGUUCUUACAGUCUACAUAUGUAUCAUUAAUUUGACACUGUAAUGUACAAAUCUUGCUUUAGAAAGUAGACCUGGCUUUGUUUUGAUACUACCACUUGGAGGAUAAUAGAACUGAAUAUAAAACUCUAAAUGAUGGCUACAAUGAUGUAUGGGAUACACAUUUCCCAUUUACAUAAAAGAACAUGGGGUUUUUUUUCCCUUUUUUAGGUUUGUAGAAGAAACAUUUUAAGUCAAUAUUCAGCGUCAAUGUCUCCUCAUGACGUUAGGAUUUCUAUAUGAGAUUUGGUCUGCCAUUCUAUUUUCACCCAUUUAGGAAAGUCAGGAUUUGUUGAUGUAGCAGUGCUGGGGUACCACAAUAUCACAGUCGAGACGAAAUCCAAUUGGCCCUUUUUAUGUUUACUGAAAUCAGUCAAGAUCUGUUUAUUGUAUUUUAUGUAUACAUAUAUACAGUAUAUAUAAACACUCCUCCGCUUUAUUAUAUAAUUUCAGCUGUUAUGUUGAUUUUUAUAUUUCGAAUGUAAGUUAAACUAAACAUUUGCUGAGAGUAUCUGUGUUGACAGAUGAUGGUUGAUAUGAACAUUCUCCUGUUUUUUGGUGUAUAUGCUUUGAUGAUUUGCAAAUUGAGCAAUUUCUAAUCUGUUAUACUAGAGUAUUCAGGCCCAGUUUGAAUUGUGUGGAAUGUGAGGCUUUAACUGUGCUAAUGCUUUAUUAUUGUAAUGUACAAUAAACCAUGAUG